AUGGAAGACAAUCAUUCGUCUACCGCACAGUUCAAAAAAUUUCUGGCGCAAUACGCCUACUCGCCAGAUAAAAACCACCUAUCCGCGGAACGGGUAACUUCUCAUGGUGACAAAACGCGCGAAAGAAGUAAACCAAAAUUUGCAAAAAUAAAGAAUCGAAAGCGUGAGGUACUCGAUAAUUCGCCGACUCCAACUGUUAAGACUAGUGUUUCUAGUAAUCCCGAUAUCAUUGGUUUCAAUUUGAAAGUAUUGUUCGUGGGUAUUAACCCCGGAAAAAGAAGUGCGCAAGUUGGACAUCAUUUUGCUCAUCAUUCGAAUCACUUUUAUCCAUGCCUCAUCGAAAGUGGAUUCACCAACGGUGAAAUUAUCAAUUAUGAGGAUGACAUAACGUUACCAAAAAGAUUUAAUAUUGGCAUUAUUAAUGUCGUUGGCCGAGAUACACGUUCUUCCGCAGAUUUAUCGACGACCGAACUACGAAAUGGAAUUCCUUCCGUGAUAAAAAAAGUUAAAUUGUAUAGACCCGAAUUUUUAUGUUUUAUAGGUAAAUGUGGGUUCGAUGCAUUUGAAGUAGUCUACCGAACGCAUGAUACCAAAAAAUCGCAAGGUUAUGGUUUACAAUUAUUAAAAAUACCUUGGGAAGACGACGACGACCCAGGUCAAAAUGAAAAAAAUGAGGAACGAUCCACAAAGAUUUUUUGCAUUCCUUCAACAAGUGCUAGAGUAAAGCAUUACCAAAAAUUAGAUAAAUUAAAAUACUUUAAAGAAUUAAACAAACUAGUCAACUAUGAAAAAAAAGAAGGGUUUACGGCAGACGGAUUUUGA